AUGGUGAUUCUGGACCCAGAGCUCGGCCCAGAUGGAUGGUUCUUCUCUGGCCGUUACGGAUCUGCCAAAAGGGAUCCCCUGUACGGGUAUCAAUACCUCAAGGAGCUAUACCUCAAGGCCGAUCCCGCAUACGAUGGACGGUAUACUGUGCCGACACUAUGGGACAAGAAGAAAGAGACGAUUGUCAAUAACGAAAGCAGCGAGAUCAUCCGCAUGCUGUACACCGAGUUUGAUGAAUUCCUACCCGAAAAUCUACGGGAAGUGAGCCAACCGGGUGGUGGAUUCUAUCCGGAAAACCUAAGGAAUGAGAUCGACGAGAUGAAUGCCUGGGUGUACCCCCUGAUCAAUAACGGAGUCUACAAAACGGGCUUUGCAACCACGCAAGCUGCCUACGAGGAAAACAUCUACCCACUAUUCGAAGCACUCGACCGCGUCGAAGAACACCUGAGCCAACCGGGAAAUCAGCCUUUCUUGUUCGGCGAGAAUAUCACCGAAGCUGAUAUUCGACUGUAUACGACCAUUGCUCGAUUCGAUGUGGCCUACUAUUUGAUCUUCCGGUGUAAUUUAAAGAUGAUCAGACACGACUACCCGCGACUUGAUCGCUGGUACCGCAGACUUUACUAUGACGAGUCGGAGUUGACGAGAGGGGCUUUCAAGGAGACGACAUAUUUUGACAUUGUAUGUGUAAUAACCUUUGAGGUUGAAAGACAGGAGGCUAACUGCGUGCAGUACAAAUUUGGCUAUGCAGUCGCGGUCGGAAACAAAACUGGCAAUCGGGAGCUUAUUCUUCCUGUUGGUCCUGUGCCUGAUAUUCUUCCUCCCGAAAAGGGUAUAUAG